AUGAAGUUGUUUUUACAACAGACUGGCGAGCGUCGAACACCAUUCAUUCGUAUACUACCCGGCUUGCUCGCGAUUGAGAAAGUUCAACUACAAGAAGAAUUAACUUUACGGGAGACUGCAUUUCUUCUCCGACAGGAAACAUAUCCGUUCAACCAUCCUGACCUGGACACAUCGUACAACAACAUUGAUAUUGUGAGUGACGUCAUGGAUGAUCGUUCACUAGCGCUCUUGUAUUUACCAAGAGUGUUCACACUCAAUCAUUCUGAUUCGGUGUUAGUAUACAAAGACAGUGAUUCUCUUUCUUUUUUGAAAACAGGCAAUUAUUUGCAAGUACCCCAAAGAACGCUCACAAUUCGAUAUCAGCUACUUCCAUCCAACCACUUUGGUUAG